AACGCGUCCUUGGCAACAGAAACCCCUGGCAACGCCAGCCUAACAGAGGCGAAGAAUCGCCUGCAAACAGACUGAAGCUGAAGUACCGGCGCGCACACCUGCGAGGCACAUGCAUGGGCGAUACGCCUACAUCCCUACACUGUGACUUGAGUUGGACGCGAUACUGAGGUCCAAGCAGUCAUGUCGGCCCAGGUUUUAGUGUCCAGACCCAAGUUCGACACCCGGCGGGUGGCUCAGGAGCCGCUGGCGCCCGGGACGCCGGAGGCUGCGGUGAACGAGGGGAUGCUCACGUCCGCCGGGGAGGCCACGGCGGGCUACCGCUCAGCCAAGUACACCCCGGACGAGUGGCAUCACAACAACCAGUCCGCCUUCCACCUGGCGGCCGCCGACCGGGACCGGUCGGAGAGGCUGCGGCAGGAAACCCGGCAGCUGUGCAGCCGGACGCAGGCCGCCACGCUGGCGGCGCAGGCCGAGGCCACCAGGCAGCUGGGCGAGCGGCUGCAGGACACCCACUUCUGGAGGUCCGAGCUGCAGCGCCAGGCGGAGGCCCUGGCCGCCGACACCGAGCUACUGCAGGCCCAGCGGCGGCGCCUGGAGCGGGCGCUGGACGCCGCCGACAUCCCCUACGCCAUCGCCACCGACAACCUGGCGUGCAGGGGCCGGCGGCUGGGCUCCGACCUGGUCAGGGACGCCGUGGAAGUCGAGCUGCUGCGGGAGGUGGAGCUCAUCCGGAACGUCCAGGAACUUUUGAAGAGAACAUUAGACCAAGCCAUCAAUCAAAUAAGGUCAAACAGAGAUGUCAAGCAAACCCUGGAGCUGGACUGGUCUGACAAGUAUGAAGCCUACAACAUGGACGACCAGUGUGGAAGAUACAACAACCUGAGCGCAGACAUUCAGUAUCAUUUCAACUCUGCCAAGCUCCAAGACAAUGUGUCGACACAUGAAACGUGGACUAAAUUCACCCAGGACAACCUCGUCCUGGCCGAGCGAGAGGAACAGGCCUCCGUCAGCCUCCGCGCCCUCAUUGACCGGGUUCUUCAGGAUACUGCGGAGGACCUGCGGGCUCAGUGCACCGCAGUGGACAGGGCCUUUUCCCAGCGCUGCGAGGAGAUGAACGCAGCCAAGGUCAGGCUGGAGCAGCACUUGAAUCAGAUUUUGGAGCAGAUAGGUGGUCAGGAGAAGAACAUAGUGACUCUGCAGCAGGCUAUCAGAGAUAAGGAGGCUCCAAUGAAGGUGGCUCAGUCCCGGCUGUACCAGAGAUCAUUCAGGCCUAACAUGGAGCUCUGCCGAGACUCAUCACAGCUCAGGCUGGUUAGCGAGGUGGGGCAGAUUACCGAUUCCAUCGAGGCCCUGAAGCAGAAGCUUGAGUUGUCACGGGAGUCCCUGAGGAACCUGGAGGACACCCGCAUGGCACUGGAGAAGGAGAUUGCCUGCAAGGCCAACAGUCUCUUCAUUGACCGUGACAAAUGCAUGACCCACCGCACCAGAUAUCCCACUGUAAUCAGACUGACUGGAUACUGAGCUGCUCCCUCUUUCCAAUAAAAGCAGAAAGAGCACGAGUGCUGAUCCACCCAGAGGUUAAGAAUAGUAAUCUGUGCUUUCUGAAUUCUGUUUUCCUGUGCAGCUGCGGUGAGCACGUGGCUCCACAGGCAUGCUGAGCCUGGAUUUCUGGAGUUUUUGUUUGGAAGGAAUCCAGUCUUGUCAGUGUACGUUGUGAGGGAGUUUGGUGAAAAAUACAGACAAAAAGGCUUACAAAGUUAUUUGUCAUUCUUUUCAUCUUCAUUUUUAUUUUGGUAUUAUUAAACGUACCGCUUUAUUGUGUGUGCAAAAUUAGCAUUAACAUUUGAGAGACACAGUAACCCAUGCUGUACACCUCCCUUCCCAGUUAUUGGUGUGGAAAAUAAAGGCUUUCUUCCUUGUGUUCCUUA